GGUUGCCUCUAUUUCCCAGCGGGCACUGCGGGAUGGGCGGAAGCUUGUGGUUCUGGUGCCGGUGGUGACGUGUGGCUAAUAGGUCCUGUAUCCGUGGCAGCGGCCAGUUGCGGUUACAGGAGAGAACUUCCCACGGACAGUCAUCUGGGCCGCAGCGCGCCGCUGAGGCGGGUUGGCAGCCUACUGUUUCCACAUUGAUUCAUUCCGCAAACAUUAACGGAGUGCCGCUUACCUGCAGGCAACCUGCUUAGAUGCUAGGCUCACGGUGAAGAGUCUGCUACACUGUGCUGCUCCAGGGCAGGCACCAUGUUGCAUUCAUCUUUACACCCAGCAUCUAGCAGUGUUGGCAUGUAGUAGGCACUCAAGCAAUGUGUGUUGAGUGAACGAUGCCUGUGACAAGCAACUGGACUUUACUCUUUCCUGCCCCUUGCUCCUAUGACAUACCUCCUGACUGCUACUGUCACCCCUUCAAAGCAGAACUUCUCUAGGGAGCCUGGAAGGGAAAAGCUAUGGCCAAGGAUAUCUUGGGGGAAGCAGGACUGCACUUUGAUGAGCUGAACAAGCUUCGGGUGUUGGACCCAGAAGUUACCCAGCAGACCAUAGAGCUCAAGGAAGAGUGUAAGGAUUUUGUGGACAAAAUUGGCCAGUUUCAGAAAAUAGUUGGUGGUCUGAUUGAGCUUGUGGAUCAGCUCGCAAAAGAAGCGGAGAACGAGAAGAUGAAGGCCAUCGGUGCUCGGAACUUGCUCAAGUCCAUAGCAAAGCAGAGGGAAGCCCAGCAGCAGCAGCUGCAAGCACUGAUAGCAGAAAAGAAAAUGCAACUGGAGAGGUAUCGGGUUGAAUAUGAAGCUUUGUGUAAAGUAGAAGCAGAACAAAAUGAAUUUAUUGACCAAUUUAUUUUUCAGAAAUGAACGGAAAUUUCCAUUAUUUAUAGCAGGAAGGUAAAAAAGCACCCAAACCAACCACCUCUGUACCAUUCCAGUGAUUGACUGAUGACCAAGUGUGUCACGGCAGUGUAUAAGGAGGCAGUGUUGCUGUGGGAUACCUGUGGGGUACCUCUGGGGCAGUGGCAAGGCAGCACAGGGCCUCACCUCUUGCAUUCUCUGCACAAACUAAACAGCCUGUAAACUUUUUCUUUUUUUUGUAAAUUCAAAAAGCUCUCAAUGAAAAGCAAUAAAUACCAUUAGCAAA